GUUAGAAACGAUUGUGUAAUGUCAACUUGUAAACAGCAAUUUUCGCAUUACCGACUAAAAGUUUCACAAUAUUUUCACAUUAAUAAAUUUUACCAGAAGUAAAGGUGUACAUCAUCGAUUUUUACACAAAACAACGAACUGAAACAUGGCGAAAUAUUUGGCGCAGAUCAUUGUGCUUGGCGGGCAAGCUAUUGGCCGUGCAUUUGCGAAAGCGUUGAAGCAAGAAAUAGCGGCAUCACAGGAGGCUGCACGUCGCGGGGGUGGUGGACAGCAGGGAGAAAAACGUGCGGAAGCUAAUGCGCGAACUGGCAUGACAUUGGAAGAGGCCAAACAAAUAUUGAAUGUGGACGAUUUAAAGGAUCUGCAGAAAGUUAUUAAAAACUAUGAACACUUGUUUGCGGUGAAUGAAAAAGCGAAAGGCGGUUCCUUUUAUAUACAGUCAAAAGUGUUUCGUGCAAAGGAACGUAUUGAUCAUGAGUUGAAACAACAAAUGGAUGCGGCACGGUCAAAACAAAGUGAAACGUGAUGAGGUGCAAUGCUAUUGUGAUGAAAAUAAUUAACAAUUGCGCAUAAUUAUUUGAUAUCUAUAAAUAGGUUAGUUUUUCUAGAAUUAAUGUAACGUAAGCAGUAAAAGAAAAUAUUUGAAAUUGCGACGAAAGAAAAAAACGAAUGAC